UAAAAAUGUAUUGGAAUAAGUCGUGAAUAGAGAAUCAAUAAUAAAACCUGUCACUGCAUAAGAAACCAUGAACUCCAUAAAUUGGAAAAUGGGUAGACGAUCACUGAUAGAAUAAUGAUUCCAGGAUGAUGUGUAGAUACCAGAGACAGUGACAGAUACCGCUGACUGAAUAACGUCUCCCUGGACAUAGCUAGAUGUGUGUUUAGCCAGAUACUUCCUACAUAAUGGAUUUCAACGUGAAGAAAUUAGCUUCGGAUGCUGGAGUGUUUUUCACACGAGCUGUACAGUUCACAGGAGAAAAGUUCGGACAGGUAGAGAAGACUGAGCUGGAUGCCCAUUUUGAGAAUCUGCUCAGCCGUGCCGAUUCCACAAAAAACUGGACAGAGAAAAUCUUCAGGCAGACAGAGGUUCUGCUGCAGCCCAACCCAAUUGACCACACUGGUGCCAGGAUUGAGGAGUUCCUGUAUGAGAAGCUUGACAGAACGGUUCCAUCCAGACCAAAUAAUGGAGAACUACUGGGUCAUUACAUGCAGGAUGCGGCUAAAGACUUUGGACCUGGAACUCCAUAUGGUAGCACCCUGAUCAAGGUAGGUGACUGUGAGAGGAGACUAGGCGGUGCACAGAGAGAGUUCCUACAGACCUCUGCUAUCAGCUUCCUUGCCCCACUCAGGAACUUUCUGGAAGGAGACUGGAGGACCAUCUCAAAAGAGAGGCGUCUCCUGGAGAACCGCAGACUGGACCUGGACUCCAGUAAAGCACGGCUGAAGAAAGCCAAACUAGCGGAGUCCAAGGCCGCGUGUGAGGGAGAAGCUGUGCCUGAUUUUCAGGAGACCAGACCCAGGAAUUAUGUCCUCUCUGCCAGUGCAUCUGCGCUCUGGAGUGAGGAAGUGGACAAAGCAGCGCAUGAACUUCGAGUGGCCCAGACAGAGUUUGACAGACAGGCAGAGGUCACACGACUCCUGCUGGAGGGCAUCAGCAGUACACACGUGAACCACCUGCGAUGCCUGCAUGAGUUUGUGGAGGCACAGACAGCCUACUACAAGCAGUGUUACCUGCACAUGCAAGACCUGCAGAAAGAGCUGGGCAGGUUUCCUAACGCGUUUGCUGGUAACCCGGGUCUCUCCAUGGCCUCCGGUGGCUCCUCUCCCCAGGGGAAUGCCACCCUACCCCAGGACGCUGCCAGCGCUGUGGAGACAGACACACUGAAAAUCGAAGAGGUACAGGCCCCCGCCACGGGCACACGCAAGGCCAAGGUCCUGUACGACUAUGACGCUGCCGACACCAGUGAGCUCUCCCUACUGGCUGACGAGCUAAUCACAGUUUACACAGUGCCAGGCAUGGACUCUGACUGGCUCGUUGGCGAGAGAGGGAACCAGAAAGGGAGAGUGCCUGUCACAUACCUGGAGCUGCUCAGCUAAAGAAACUACACUCAAAGAAAUACAUGGACACACACAAUUGCACUCACAUGCCUUCAAACAUGCAGACGUUGACGAAUUCAAACAAGCAAAUGCACCCACUGUACAUUCUGUACGCACCAGGACUGCAUGAAAUCAUUGGUAAUUAUGAAGGCAAAUGCGCUACAUUGAAUAUGGAGGAAUGGUUACCAUGACAACUUGGCUGAAAAUUCUGAAUUGUGAAAUGUUUAUAGAUUUUAAUUUCACCCUGCUUCUCACAGCAGGACAAUAAUCAUGCAGCUACAAGACAUGUAAAUGAUUAUGUGGAUUAUAAUUAAGGGACAUGUUUGUAGGGACUGAUACAUUUUUUCAAUAGGGCAAAUCAAGUCUGACUUUUUUUUUUAAGUGGAAAUUAAAAACUUUAGAAGCCUUUUUAAACCUUGAAUACACUAUAAUUUGCAUUUCCUGCUGCGCUGGAUAAUUCUCUGCGACAACGGAGUGGCCAAAUUAAGAUAGCAGAUCUGUACAUACUGAAAUCCCCUGUAUUAUUCAGGCUUUUGGGUUUUAUUUUACGUGAACUUUCACAGCAGGUGUGAAGCUUCAUACAGCCUGCCCACUCACUAUCACCUGUUUUAAACUCAAUGCACCAAUCUUUUCCAUUCCAUACACCCUGUGGUUAGUCCACAUUCCUUUAAUGUAAUUUUCCUCUACCACUACCUGGAACUGAAACAUUUCAUGGCCGUAUGCCCUGCUUGACGAACUGGGAAUGUAAUCACUCUUACAGCAAAUAUUUGAAGCACUCCUAGUUGUUUACUAGCUGCCUUACAAUGAUGCGAGAGAGCUGUUUCCAUCUGCUAUAACUAAUAGAAUGUAUUGUACACACCACAAUGUCCACACACUCCUGUUUGCUUGGACACUUCCUUUGAAGAAGACAAGCCAGAUCUAACACAGAACAUACAUUUUGGCAUGCAAGACCAUAACUUGUUAUCAUUUAAGUAUCUGUGAUUAGCUAUAUUCCCAUUUGUCCCUUUUUUUUGUUUGCUCUUUUGCUAUUUUGUUUCUUAAACAUGUUACUGUUCAUUCAGUUGUCUUUGUUUCUUUUUAGUAAGAUGUUUGUUUGAUCUGAUGUAUUUUCUGUGAUCAAGUCUGUGUCUUCAGACAGGACCUAGGCUGCUGCAUGUGAUACUGGCAGGAGUUGGUCACAGUAUUCUGUCCACUGAAAAGCCUCUUUAAAAAAAAAAAAAUUGUAAUCCAAAGUUUUAAUGGCUGUAUGUAUAUUUUAUUUAUUUUAGUACCAAAGCAAACAAGUAUAUGCAUGCAAUUCUGAAUUGAGCCCAACCCUGGUUUGUACCAUUGCUGCUGUGGCAUGUCUUGUUUUGACCCUUUUCUGCCUUUUACUGUCGAUGUAUUUAUUGCCUGUUUACAAGCCAUGCUGAAAGAAUGAAAAUAUGUAGGAUGUAAUAAAAAAAUGAAAAAGUA